GUGGAGCCAAGACAACUGGUAAAGGUGGAGCCAAGACAACUGGUAAAGGUGGAGCCAAGACAACUGGUAAAGGUGGAGCCAAGACAACUGGUAAAGGUGGAGCCAAGACAACUGGUAAAGGUGGAGCCAAGACAACUGGUAAAGGUGGAGCCAAGACAACUGGUAAAGGUGGAGCCAAGACAACUGGUAAAGGUGGAGCCAAGACAACUGGUAAAGGUGGAGCCAAGACAACUGCUAAAGCCAAGACAACUGCUAAAGCCAAGACAAUUGCUAAAGCCAAGACAACUGCUAAAAGAGUUACCGCCACUGCUAAACAUGAUGCUCACGAAAAAUUAUGCGAUGAUUUCUAUUAUCAACAUCAUCCUAGAUUUACCGUUGUUAAUGGUCAUACUAUUAAAGUCGAAGCGUCCUUAAAAGAAAAGGAAGAUUUCUUCUAUAAAUAUUAUCAUAAAUAUUUCGAAGAAUCCGAAUGUGAUGACUUCUAUUAUAAACAUCAUCCUAAAUAUACAGUUAUUCACGGUAAAACUGUUAAAGUCGAUGCAUCUCAACAAGAAAAAGAAUCUUUCUAUAAUAAAUAUUAUAAGAAAUAUUCUGAAGAAGAAGAUUGUGAUGAAUUCUACUUUAAACACCAUCCUAGAUAUACUGUUAUUCACGGUAAAACUGUUAAAGUCGAAGCUUCUAAAGAAGAAAAAUCAGAUUUCUAUCACAAAUAUUAUAAGAAAUAUUCUGAAGAAGAUGAGUGCGAAGAAUUCUAUUAUAAACAUCACCCCAAAUAUACUGUUAUUCACGGAAAAACUGUUAAAAACGAAGUAUCUAAACAAGAAAAAACAGAUUUCUAUCAUAAAUAUUACAAGAAAUAUACCGAAGAAGAAU